AUGGACUCCUUCUCUGUACGGGCCGAGUACCGAAGAGUCAGAUUCGGGUCCUUUCAAUUAUCCCGCAAGAGCGAGGGCCGCUCUCUGCUCGCGAGGGAUGAGAUGGAUUUUAGAAGAUGGCUUGCCCGGUCCUCAAGAGGGGAGAUGGCUUUAUUGGCCAGGAAGAGUUUUUUGUCGUCCAGUGAUUGUUUUGUCUUAGAAUCUUCUCGAGUUACCUCCGCAGAAUAUCACCCUUUGUGGUCCAGAGAUACAGAACUUACGACUUACGACAUUUGGUAG